UUUGUGGGAAGGAAAGAGACAGACGUGCUUGUGGAAGUUUACAAUGAAGUGAAGUUUUGAGAGGAUGUUCAGCGGUUUUGCUUAAACUGAUCAGCUAGUCACGUACGAUCUAAUUAGACUACUUGGUUGGACCUGGAGGUGUGAAGCUGACGUUGCAAGGCCUGGAAGCUACAACUGCUUGCUACGAAACAAUGUAUUAUCCCUCUUGAAAAUCCUCCCUUUCCGUGUAGAAAUGCAUGAAGAAGAAGAAGAUGUACCGUGCACAUAUCCAGUAAUGAAAACUGGAAUGCACCUUCGUGAACGCUUUCAGGUGUUUAUGGAGGAAAGGAUGCAGACCACCAUGUUGACCGGCAUGUUGAUUGGGGCUGUGGUAGCAGUCUGUCUAAUAGGCAUCUCUGUGCUCUUCCUGUAUCGCAGAUAUAAGCUAGCAGGUCAGCAGGCAGGUACCCCUAGAUAUCGCUUCAGGAAGCGGGACAAGGUGCUUUUCUAUGGCAGGAAGAUUAUGAGGAAGGUCCAGACCCUUUCCUCCACCCCAUCUUCUACUUCCAUUUCUAAACAGCGCCCUCGGAAGAGGCCUAAAGUUCUAAGUAUAGCUCGAAGGAUCUUGCGGAUAAGGAAAGAGCCCCCAGCACUGCAGCCGAAAGAGCCACCUCCCUCUCUCCUGGAGGCAGAUCUCACUGAGUUUGAUGUGCAGAACUCCAAUUUGCCCUCCGAGGUGCUUUACAUGCUUAAGAAUGUCAGGGUGCUCGGUCACUUUGAGAAGCCCCUGUUCUUGGAGCUUUGUCGACACAUGGUGUUGAUUGAGCUGCAGGAGGGCGAAGGGCUCUUCAGGCCGGGAGACAAUGAUGACAGCAUUUACGUGGUGCAGGAUGGGAGGCUGGAGCUCUGCAUUCAGGAGAAUGACGGCACAGUGCCUGUGGUGAAGGAUGUGCUGCCUGGAGACAGUGUUCACAGUCUGCUCAGUAUUCUAGACAUCAUCACAGGUUAUCCUGCCCCGUAUAAGACCGUGUCAGCUCGUGCAGCAGCCCGCUCCACUAUCCUGCGCCUGCCUGCUUCAGCGUUCCAGUCAGUGUUCGACAAAUACCCUGAAACGCUAGUCAGGGUAAUACAGAUAAUCAUGGUGCGUUUGCAGAGGGUGACAUUCCUUGCUUUACACAAUUACCUGGGACUGACCACUGAACUCUUCAAUCCUGAGAGCCAGGCAGUGCCUCUGACUGCAGUCAACAGUGUGAUCACAGAGGGAAGUCCGAUCCGAGGCCCUCGCAGACCCCACUUUCCUACCUCACUGGACGAAGAUCACAGCCAGGGGCUUGCAGAAUCCACUGACUCAGAUGGAGGGAAAGCCAGUUCUGCAGAGAAUCAGUCCACAGCUUUCAGAAAGCCUCGCUCAGUCUCAGUGCCAAUAGACUUCACAGGAAUGGCUGGGAAUGACAUGAGCAUGGCGUAUGAGCGAGCCCGAGUGACCAUGGACGAGCCUCCAUCCAGCCCCGUUCUGCACAAAUCUAUUCUGAAGAAGACUGUUACCAUGCAACAAACCCCAUCGGCAGUAAUUCACUACACAGACAGUGGGGGGCACUCUGAUGUCCAUCCCAAUAAAGUGGGUGCCAUCUUCCAGGCAGCCAAGAAAGACCUGUUGGGUAUUAUCCAACUGCAAGACCCCAGUCUGCUGGAGGGCAGAGUGACUCUGCACCAGGUGAAGGCUGGCUCUGUGGUGGCUCGUCAAGGAGACCAGGACGUUAGUGUGCAGUUUGUGAUUUCAGGCGCGCUGCAUGUGUACCAGCGGAUGAUCGAUCGUGAGGAGGAGACGUGUUUGUUUUUGACUCACCCAGGGGAGCUGGUGGGCCAGCUAGCUGUGCUCACGGGAGAGCCUCUUAUCUUCAGCGUGCGAGCCCAUCGCGAUUGCACCUUCCUCUCCAUUUCCAAAAUGCACUUCUACGAGAUAAUGCGUGCAGAGCCCACAGUCGUGCUGAACAUUGCUCACUCUGUAGUGCGCAGAAUGUCUCCGUUCGUCAGGCAGAUUGACUUUGCGCUUGACUGGAUGGCUGUGGAAGCCGGUCGCGCCGUCUAUAGGCAGGGCGAUAAGUCGGACAGCACGUUCAUUGUGCUGAGCGGACGCUUGCGCUCAGUCAUCCUAAAGGAGGACGGCAAGAAGGAGCUGACAGGAGAGUAUGGCCGAGGAGAUCUCAUCGGAGUGGUGGAGGCUCUCACCCAUCAGAACAGGGCCACUACGGUCCAUGCUGUAAGAGACUCUGAGCUUGCCAAGUUCCCUGAGGGUGCGCUCCGCUCUAUUAAGAGGAAGUUCCCUCAGGUAGUCACACGCCUUAUUCAUCUGCUGGGACAGAAGAUACUUCAACAGGUUAAUGGGCCUCUGACAGCACGCAGUCUGGCUCUGCACAGGCCAGGCAGUAAGUGGGAUGCUGGGAAUCCUGCCUCGAACCUGUCCACCAUAGCUGUGCUGCCUGUGUCUGAUGAGGUCCCGCUGACUGCCUUCACCUUGGAGCUUCAGCAUGCCCUCAUUGCCAUUGGUCCUACUCUCCUCCUGACCAGUGACAUCAUCAAACAGCGUUUGGGAUCUGCAGCACUGGACAGUGUGCAUGAGUACCGGUUGUCCAGCUGGCUCGGUCAGCAGGAGGACAUCCACCGUAUCGUCCUGUAUCAGACAGACACCUCUCUCACACCAUGGACACAGCGCUGCAUCCGCCAGGCGGACUGCAUCAUCAUCGUGGGACUCGGGGAGCAGGACCCAGCCGUGGGAGAGCUGGAGCGCAUGCUGGAGGGCAGUGCGGUGAGGGCUCAGAAGCAGCUGGUACUGCUGCAUCGUGAGGAUGGAGCCGUGCCCACAGGGACGGCCGAGUGGCUCAAUAUGCGCAGCUGGAUCUCCAGGCACCUGCACCUGUCCUGCCCCCGCCGCAUUUUCAGCAGGAGGAGCCUGCCCAAACUGAUAGAAAUGUACCAGCGGGUGUUUCAGAAGACGGCAGACCGCCACUCAGACUUCUCCCGGCUGGCUCGAGUCCUGACGGGCAACGCCAUCGCUCUGGUGCUGGGGGGUGGAGGGGCCAGGGGCUGCUCUCAGGUGGGCAUCCUGCGAGCGCUCACUGAGUCUGGGAUCCCCGUGGACCUGGUGGGAGGCACCUCCAUCGGCUCGAUGAUGGGAGCACUGUACGCAGAGGAGCGAAGCUACAGCCGGAUGAGGAUCCGAGCCAGAGAGUGGGCCAUGGAGAUGACAUCGGUGUUCAAGAAGAUUCUGGAUCUGACCUACCCUGUCACAUCCAUGUUUUCUGGAGCAGCGUUCAACUCGAGCAUCAAUGCUGUCUUCAAGGAUAAGCAAAUCGAGGAUCUCUGGAUUCCUUAUUUCAAUAUCACCACUGACAUCACUGCUUCUGCCAUGAGAGUACACACUGAUGGCUCUCUGUGGAGAUAUGUGCGGGCCAGCAUGUCCCUGUCUGGUUACCUCCCCCCUCUGUGUGACCCCAAAGAUGGACACCUACUUAUGGAUGGAGGCUACAUUAACAACCUACCUGCGGAUGUGGCGAGGUCCAUGGGAGCUAAAGUUGUGAUUGCCAUUGAUGUGGGCAGCCAAGAUGAGACCAAUCUCACCAACUACGGUGAUGCCCUGUCUGGCUGGUGGCUGCUAUGGAAACGCCUCAACCCCCUGGCAGAGAAAGUCAAAGUGUUGAACAUGGCUGAGAUCCAGACCCGGCUGGCAUAUGUGUGCUGUGUGAGGCAAUUGGAAUCCGUUAAGAACAGUGAUUACUGUGAAUACAUCAGACCUCCCAUCAAUCGCUAUCGUACUCUGGAGUUCGGCAAGUUUGAUGAGAUUGCUGAGGUGGGUUACCAGCACGGGAAGACAGUCUUUGACGUGUGGUGCAGGAGCGGAGUGGUGGAGAAGAUGCUGAAGGACCGGCACCAGGAGGAGUUCCACAACACCCACCGCAACAGUAUGGUGACUUGUCCCAAUGCCUCGUUCACUGACCUGGCAGAGAUAGUCUCGCGUAUCGAGCCUGCCAAACAAGCACUUGUAGAUGAGGAGUCAGACUAUCACACUGAUUAUGAAGAGGAACUGGUGGAGAGUGCUCCCUCAGACAUUGAACUCGCUAACCACCACAGUGAGCACCCAGAGGAGGCGUUCACCGCUGACACGGAUGAGGAGGUGGAGCUCCGUCACAUGCGUCUCCCUGUUAGCCCAGCAGACAUGGAGCCCGUGUCCACCCUGCCGGCUCCACCCACCCCAGAGACUCAGAGCUCCUCCAGUGUAAGAGCCCGAAAGGUUUGUGGUCAGUGAGACCCUGGCCCUGGACUGCUGGUACUGGACCAGUGCUAGCAUUCCACAGCGCAGCAGUGCUCCAAACACAGAUUGCUCCCCUACCCAGCAUGCCCUGCUCUGAGAUUGCAAUAUAACCUGUUUUUUUUUUUAAUUCCCCCAUAAAAUGUAAAGAUGUGAAGACAUGUGGUUAAAACAGGUCUGUUGAUCUGGUGUUCUAUUUUGGAACAGUAACCUCCCAGCUUCAUAUCAUCUCUGAGCAGUGGUAUAUGUAGAAUCAGUUACUGUGGUCAUGCUCUAUGCAACUAUCAUGUCUCCAGAUUCAGUGCAAAAAUACUAAUGAAAGAGCAGUUGAACAGAGGUAGGGAUGAGGUCAAUCUGCCCUUCUGUUCACUGGUCACUCAGGACUUUGUAAUGGUAUGUUAUGGAAAAUCUCUGGGGUCAGGUUCUCAGAGCCAGAUUAAGCCUAAAAAGGGACUAAAAUGAAUGAGAUUCACCACUGGCACUGCAGUUGGGUCCAGGACUAACAAUAAUCCAAACCUGGCCCUUUAUGUUGGAGCACCAGCAUCCAGUCUUAAAAAUGCAGAAAGCUGCUUUUCAAGCCAAACCAUUAUGAAAAUAUUUAGCAUUUUUUCCACCCAAUUCUGUAUAAAUAUACAACAGUGAAUACUCACAUCCAGCCAAUGCCCAGUCCACAUCAAACAUCUGUGAGAAACCAGCACAAGUUGCUCAUGUGAGAUGUGUGUUUUAAGAGAGUGAAGGAUAAUUUAUAGAUGGGUCAGCUAAAACACUUCAAAGCCACUUUAAGAUGAAGGAUCACUCGAUCUGGGCUGGGCAGGAUGUUGCUGGAUGAUGGACAAAGUCUCUAACACUUACCUCUUCAUCCGUGUGUGCACAGACAGACGUACAAGUACUCAAACAAAGCAAGCCUGUCAAUGCAAUAAUUUUUAAAAAGUUCUGUAUUGUUAUUUGUUUAAAUCAGUGCCUUUAAAUAUGCUGCUUAUAAUACUAUUAGCCAUAGGAUUAUACAAAUGGGAUUCCCCCAUCACUCCUACCUAUGAGCCCAAAUAAACUAACAGUGUAAUAAUAUGCUCUGUAGUUAAGAUUGAUUGAUUGUAAUUGGUGGUCUAUGCUUUACUGUGCAUUUUACAGUACAUUUGAGAUGGGUAUGUAUUCAAUCCUUCAUGUGCCUUCUCUAGGUUGUUAAAUUUUAAACAUGUUUACACUGUGACUGAUCGCACUGACUGAAGACUGCAUGAAGAAACUACACAUUUCUGCAACACUCGUACUGUUACAGUACCUGUGCCAAUCCUUGUUCACUCUGUAAACACUGCAGUGAGUUAUUUACAUUACUCCUCUGUACAGAGUUCUGACAAAGUAUAGAUCCUGAUUUACUUUUGAAGCAGAAAAUAUGUAUUUGUGUUUUAGUAAUGAGGUAAUCCAUAAACCUGGCAAUCUGUACAUGAAUCGUUAAUAAAGUCUGAUUGACUUGUAUUUUUGUUGCUUAAUGUAA